AUGGAAGUCGACAACUCUGCUCACAAUCCCACGAACGAUGCCAAGGGAGACCCUCCGAGUCCCAGUCCGCCUCCAAUCGACAAUACAGCCCGUGGUUCUCCUGUCACUAUCGCUCCCCCAGGAAAAGAGUUCGAUCGUUCACGUCAAUGGAUGACUCAUGUAGAGAUUCCGUCAAGACCACGCCCAACGGCUGCACUACCGAACAAGGCUCCGCCCCCAUCCCGAGCGGUCGAUACAUUCACGCCCGACAUCCAUCAACGCCCUUUGCUUCGCGCCAUCGAUCGAGAGAAGAAACUAUCGGAACAAGUAAAAUGGGCAGACGCAUUAAGAGCCGAAAAAGAGGCAAGAGAAAAAUCCGAAAAAGAGGCGAAACGACGAGCCAAGGAAAAACAGAAACAAAAACAGAAAGAGAUUCAGAGCAACAAGACCCCGGCCAAGAAGGUGCCAGAGAAGAAACGUACCACGACGACCACGACGAGGAUAAACAAGAAUGAUAAGGUUACGAGCCUGAGAAACCGUCUGAAGAAGGCCGUUACGGAGAGCAAGGAUGACGAUGAACAGCUGGCCAAGGUGGCGGAGAUGUUGCCUCGCGGGAGUAGACUCACGUGGAAGGAAAAGCCUUUCGAUAUUCUGCAGUUUGUUCGGGAUGUAGAAGUGACCAAAUUGAGUCUAGGACAACUUUUGGCUGUGUCCCCGGCUUUGCGACGCAUCCUCGGAGACUCAUUCAAGGUGUUGCCCUCUAAAGAGCAAAACGUCCUCCUGGCCAAGUAUCCAGGCUUUGGAAUCGAUAACCAUGACCCAGAAGUAUGCGCAUAUUUGGCUCGGACGGACCUCUCCAAGAACUCCACACACCAUUUCCUUGCGACCGUGAACGGGCAUCUCAUCAAACCACUGAUGGACGGAGGAGCCUGCGUGAAUGUUUGUAGCCCAGAAUUCCUCAAACGUGCGAAUAUCACCAAUGUAUCGAACCUCUCCAAGAUCUCCGUACGAUCCCUGGGUGGAUUGUUACCAGCUGUUGGUGAAGCCAGUCAGAUCCCGUUGAACAUAGCCGGGCAGACCGUGAUCAUCGGAUGCAUCAUCAUGAACAAUGUCCCAUUUGAGCUACUGCUCGGCCGAGGAUUCUUGGAGAUGACCAAGUGUGUCACACAUUGGGAUAGUAGCGUCUAUCAGAUUCAGGUUGGAGGCAAAACGAUCCAGAUUGACGGCGGGAACGGCUCUGCGCCUGUCGUGGUCAAGGACGAAGAGACGCAACUGCAGAUACAACCUCGCGUGAAGAAGGGAUACAGAGGAUUGUUGCAGAACGAGAACGGCACCGAUUCCGACGGAUAUGAGACCGAAAGUGAAUCCAGUGCCACCGAAACAUCUGCGUCCGAUACAUCCUCCGAGAGCGAAGUCGAUCCGGAAGCAGCUGAUUAUUCCGAUGUCUUCCUCGCUGCGAUAGCUGACCUGCAGACCGAAAACCCCUCAUACGCCACCGUCGAGGAACUCAUCGCUGAAAAAGAAGCUGGAUCAAUCCAGGACGUUCUGUGA